AUGAAUCAAUUGGCCACGGGACUGGAGCAAGCAAGGAGAAAGCUGAAACAUCUCACCCAGGGCUCCUGUUUCAUCCACUUCCUCAGGUCAGGAGAGAGUGAAGAGAACAGGGAGCAAAGGGAUCUUUACCACAGCAGGGGACUGGGAGAUGCAGGCAGACCUCAAGAAGCAGCUCAGAUUUCCAGAGAUAGCCAGCACAAGCCUCAGACCACAUAUCGUUCUCUGGUGUGGAGACACCAGCAGGUGGUCCUCAUCGAGCUCACAGUGCCCUGGGAGGAAAUGUUAGAUGAGGCAGCCCUUUUUGAUGUGCACAUGAUCUGUCUCCUCUUAGCUGCCCAGGUGAUGGUGAACCAGCUGAACCUGGUGUCCCACAGUGUGGUGGCUGCUCCCUACCAGUGGGAGUACCCCUACCUGCUCAGUAUCAUCCCCUCCCUCUUCAGCUUCAUGGCCCUGCCCAAAAACAACAUCAGCUACCUGGUGAUCUCCAUGAUCAGUGCCGGUCUCUUCUGCAUAGCGCCGCUCAUCUAUGGGGGUAUGGAGAUGUUCCCGGUGGCCCAGCAGCUGUACCGUCACGGCAAGGCCUACCGCUUCAUCUUCGGCUUCUCUGCCGUGUCUGUCAUGUACCUGGUGAUGGUGAUCGCGGUGCAGGUGCAUGGCUGGCAGAUCUACUACAGCAAGAAGCUGCUGGACGCCUGGUUCACCUCCACACAAGACAAGAAGAAGAAAUGAGGACAGAGGAGGACUUCAUUAUUUAAACAACUGACAAAGAACAACUAUUUCUGUCUGCCACUGUCUGACACCACUUCUAGGACUAUCUUCCAUCUAUAUUUGGGUUCUACAUCCCCCCCUCGCCAUCCCUAAUUGAUAGUUGUAGG